UCUAUCACGGAAAUUUUAAAACUCAUCGUAAUGGUGGUGAUUCUAGUAAACUACCGACUGAUUGCUUCUAUUUUUAUUUGUAUUUCUAAUUAAUUAGUGGUAAUCGUAAUAAAUAGUGUUGUGGCUGCGGCCAUAUCAUGCUUUCUUAUGUCGGGUAUAGCUAAAACGCCAGUUUUGGCCGAGGAGGGCGGUAACAAUCAGAGUAGAAAACGUUCUCUUCACAUCAGCGAACAGUGCAAUAAUAAAAGAACAAAAUCCGACGAGAUGAGUGCCAAUGAGAAGAAAUCAAACUUUUCCUUACUAACUCCCAACUCGAAUGGGACUAUAAAGAUGACGUCGUCAUCAAUGAACAAGCCUGGUGCAACGACCAAGAAAUUGGUUAUAAAAAAUUUCAGAAGUAAGCCGAACCUUCCGGAAAACUAUCAAGAGACAACAUGGGACAAGCUGCGGGAGGCGGUGAUCGCCAUCCAGACGUCGAAGGCGAUCGCGUACUCCCUGGAGGAGCUGUACCAGGCGGUGGAGAACAUGUGUAGUCAUAAGAUGGCGUCACAACUAUACGUGAACCUAACAAACUUAGUGGAGGCCCAUGUGAAGGCAAACAUAGAGCAGUUCCUGUCGGAGAGCAUGGACCGGCAGGUGUUCCUGAAGCGCAUGGACGACUGCUGGCGCGCGCACUGCCGCCAGAUGAUCAUGAUCCGAAGCAUCUUCUUAUACCUAGACCGCACCUAUGUACUACAGAACCCUAGCAUACAUUCUUUAUGGGACAUGGGCCUAGACUUAUUCCGUCACCACAUAGCAAUGAACACAUUAGUCCAGACGCGGACGGUGGACGGCCUGCUGCUGCUCAUAGAGCGGGAGCGCGGCGGAGACUCCGUCGACAUCUCACUCUUGAAGAGCCUGCUGCGGAUGUUGUCCGAUCUGCAGAUCUAUCAAGAUGCUUUUGAACAUAAAUUCCUGCAGGCGACGGAGCGUCUGUACGCGGCGGAGGGGCAGCGGCUGAUGCGCGAGCUGGCCGUGCCGCAGUACCUGGCGCAUGUCGAGAAGCGGCUGCGGGAGGAGAACGAGAGGCUGCUGCACUAUCUAGACCCCUCUACUAAAUGGCAGCUGAUCCACACGAUCGAGCGCCAGCUGCUGAGCGAGCACCUGGCGGGCAUCCUGGGCAAGGGCCUGGAGUCGCUCAUGGACGGCCCGCGCCUGCCCGACCUCACCACGCUGUACGCGCUCUUCUCCAGGGUCAAGGACGGGCUCAGCGAACUCUGCAACCACUUCAAUGCUUAUAUUAAGAAAAAAGGCCGCACGAUAGUAAUAGAACCGGAGCGCGACAAGACGAUGGUGGCCGAGCUGUUGGAAUUCAAAGAGCAGCUCGACCACGUGGUCAACACCUGCUUCCAGAGGAACGACAAGUUCCUGUAUUCUAUGCGAGAGGCCUUUGAGUACUUCAUCAACCAGCGACAGAAUAAACCCGCGGAACUUAUAGCCAAAUUCGUGGACGUGAAACUCCGCGCCGGCAACAAGGAGGCCACGGAGGAAGAGUUAGAACGUUUACUAGAUAAGAUCAUGGUCCUGUUCCGGUUUAUACACGGCAAGGACGUGUUCGAAGCUUUCUACAAAAAGGACUUAGCCAAGAGGCUGUUAGUUGGCAAGUCGGCGUCAGUAGACGCGGAGAAGUCGAUGCUGAGCAAACUGAAGCAGGAGUGUGGCGGCGGGUUCACCUGCAAGCUGGAGGGCAUGUUCAAAGACAUGGAGCUUUCUAAAGACAUCAAUAUCACUUAUAAGCAGCACCUGGCGGCGUCGUCUGACGGCGUGGGUCUGGAGCUGAGCGUGUACAUCCUGACGAUGGGCUUCUGGCCGAGCUACCCGCCCGUGGACGUGCGGCUGCCGGCCGAGCUCACGCGCCACCAGGACCACUUCUCCAAGUUCUACCUGGCCAAGCACUCCGGCCGCAAGCUGCAGUGGCAGGCCACGCUCGGACACUGCGUGCUCAGGGCGCACUUCACACAGGGUAACAAGGAGCUGCAGGUGUCGCUGUUCCAGGCGCUCGUGCUGCUGCUCUUCAACGACGGAGACAAUCUCUCUUUCGAGGACAUUAAGACUGCUACUAACAUUGAGGAGGGCGAGCUGCGGCGCACGCUGCAGUCGCUGGCGUGCGGCAAGGCGCGCGUGCUCAGCAAGGCGCCGCGCGGCCGCGAGGUGCGGGACGCCGACCACUUCGCCUUCAACCACGACUUCACCAACAAGCUGUUCCGCAUCAAGAUCAACCAGAUACAGAUGAAGGAGACCAGCGAGGAGCAGAAGGCGACCGAGGAGCGCGUGUUCCAGGACCGGCAGUACCAGAUCGACGCCGCCAUCGUGCGCGUCAUGAAGAUGCGUAAAGCCCUCUCACACAACCUGCUCAUCUCAGAGCUCUACAACCAGCUCAAGUUCCCCGUCAAGCCGGCAGACCUCAAAAAGCGCAUAGAGUCACUCAUCGACCGGGACUACAUGGAGCGAGACAAGGACAACCCCAACCAGUACAACUACGUCGCGUAAUACUGGCCCAGCAAGGCCGACAACACACGCGCUGGGCGACACGUUCACACUACGACACACGCACUUAUUGAUACUAAUAAAUGUCUAACUGCUGAAUAUGUUCAUCUUUUCAUCUAUUUCUGACGAUCUAACACUGAUUUUUUAAAGUGUACUUCACUGAACUUUACGCAUGAGUCAACUAAUGCGAUUGGAUAAAAGAUUAACAGCCAAACAGCAGGUAUGGCUAAUAAACUUCUAUUUGGUCAAGCAAUCUUUCUACUAAGCGGAGUGAUUAUCAUUUAUGAAGACAUUUCGCUUAGCCCAAUGUGGUUAAAUUAUAUUUAUAGGCGGAAAAUAAGGUUAUUCACAACACCGCCUUUUACUUACAAACAUUUUUGUUUAACAAGGUGUAGUGCCAUUGUGUCUUAGUGUAAACGGAACCCUCGCGUCGCAAACUGCUGUACAUAGACCGCCGGCCCUCACCGAUCGAGCAGGAACGUAAAGCUUACAAUAAUUCAACACUGCCGAUAAGAAUUUGAUUCGCAUACAUUACAAUAAGCGUUGUUAUAGUAUGGCAUUAUUCAGUCAGCUUUUUGACAGCCUACGAUAGAAUGAAUACAUUUUACUAUACGUAAUGUAUUAAUAGUUCAGUACAUGGUUUUUGAUAAAUUUGGUAAUAGAUAUGUACUGAUUUGUUGGUGUAAAAAGCUAAUGUAAUGCCAUCUGUCUCAACUUCACUGGUAAUUUUCCUCCCUCUUGCAGUUUGAAAAAUAGUUUUAUCUUAUAAACGAGUGACAAACUAGCGUCUUCGUUCUCAUAUAUUUUAACAACGUUCCCGUAAUGGCGGGCGACUUUCCACUAAGUAUAU